AUGGGAAACAAGGCAUGGCACGUUACCGGCAAGGACGGCUUCGAAUCUCUCAAGCAGCAAGAUGACCCAGUCCCUCAGCUUGGUGACAAGGAUGUUCUCGUUCGAUUCCACGGCUCCUCACUCAACUACCGCGACUUGAUAAUCACCAAGGGCCAAUGCCCAUUUCCACAACGCGACAACGUGGUUCCAGCCUCAGAUGGUGCAGGGACUGUCGAAGACGUCGGCAAGAACGUAACAAGAUUCAAGAAGGGCUACAAGGUAAUCACACUCUUCAACCAAGGCCACAUUGCCGGAACGAUCGAUGAUACUGCUCUGGCAGGAGGUGUUGGUGGUCAGGGACUGGUCCACAUGCCACAGAACCUGAACUACCUCGAGGCAUCGACGUUGACCUGCGCAGGCUUGACUGCUUGGAACGCACUCUAUGGCCUGAAGAAGCUUAUGCCGGGUGACUGGGUUCUGACACAAGGUACUGGUGGCGUAUCAAUCUUUGCCGUGCAAUUUGCAAAGGCUGCCGGCGCUAAGGUCAUUGCCACGACAUCCAGCAAAGAGAAGGGUAACAAGCUCAAAGAGCUCGGCGCAGACCACGUCUUGAACUACAAGGAGGACACCAACUGGGGCGCAACAGCCAAGAAACUCACAGGCGGCCGCGGCGUACAGCACGUCGUGGAGGUUGGUGGUCCAAACACCAUGAAGCAAAGUCUGGCAGCUGUUGCUUUCGAUGGUGUUAUCAGCAUCAUUGGCUUCCUUGGCGGUGGUAAGGGCGAGAGCCAGCCUACGUUCUUGGAGGUCCUUACAAACAUCUGCACCGUUCGUGGCAUCUUGGUUGGCUCGAGGCACCAAUUCGAGGAGAUGAAUCGAGCGAUUGAGGCCAACAACAUCAAGCCUGUCAUUGAUCAGAAGGUGUGGAAGCUUGAUCAGGUGAAGGAUGCUUACCAGUAUAUGUGGGACCAGAAGCACUUUGCUAAGGUCUGCAUCGAGAUCGACUAG